UGAGCUGUUGUGUCUCUCAGUCUCUGGCUGUCUGUCAGCUGCCUGUUUCUGCUCCAUCUGACUCCCUAAAGCGCGCAGGACACAUUACAGCCAAAAUGAACCUUUUCUGCUUUUCACUGGAGGGUUCUAUAGACAGCCUGUAUGAGGUGGUCCAGAGCUCCACUGAUGCCCCCCCCCUGCCCAUCCCCAGCCGGUCGUCCAGCCGCUCCUGCAGCCGCUCCUGUAGCCCAGCAGUCCUGCUGAAUGACAACACAAGGUGGAGAGGCUCUGGAAGGUCCAUAUCUAUGGAUAUGCAGCAGACAUAUGGGGUCAACUCCAAUAAAAAGAAUAGAAGAACACAUAUAUCAAAGUCUCUGUCAGACAAUGAAACACUGGAUAACUCCGCCUGUAAUACUGCAGCGUGGCAGCACGCCAGGAGCCGAGAAGAUUUAAUCCACCUCACCAACAAUCAUAACGAAGAGAUGCGAAAGCCGAAGCACCGAACAGAUAAAAAAGGAGGUAAAGGAGGGCAUCACACUGGUACAAAGAAAAAAGAGAAACAACAAACAAAUCAGAGUGUCCACAACAAUGGAGUGAUGACUGAGUCCAAACCUGCUGUCAGAAAGAACCUAAAGAAUGGAAGGAAACCAGGUGGAAGAAGUGGGAAAGAUGGGUCCAAGAAAAGUCACAACAGAGUGUGUUCUCCACCACGAACAACAAGUCCACCCUUGGGACCACACUAUUUGGAUGUGCCAUACUCAUCUAGGUCGGAUAGGAUGUUGUACCUCGGCAAAUCCUCCACCCUCCCUGCUCAGGAGAGCACAACCCUGGGCCGCUGUGCUGACAUGGUUAGUCUACCUGGAGGAGCGACGCCCACCCACCACCAGCGCUGGAGCAACCCAGGGGAUAGUAGCCCUGCCUGGGGGACCAUAGAGCACACCUGCCGCUGGCCCCUCACAGAGUAUCGCAUGCUCCCCCACGAAUUCGCCAUGCUACAUGUGAAGGAGGGGGAUGGAAGGCAACAGCUGGUGUCAGACCAGAAUGGAAGCCUAAAGCGGAGCUGUCAGCUUCUCGCAAAGGUGCCACGAUCUAUCACUGAGGUGGAUCAAUCAGAGCCAAAUCGUUCCACAAGCUUCGGCAGGUUCGAGGGCCUCAGAAAUCACUCAUCACCUGCCAAAACAGAGGAAACUCGAACUACGCUCAGAGAAGAGUGUGACAGUCCAGAUCCCGUCAGAUCAGCUGGGAUUGGCAAAAAGAUGAAGGAGAUCUCGCUGACCAUGAGGAGAAAAAUGGGCAAAAAGCAUGCCAAGUCUCUUUCAGAGGAGACAGGGGAUGACACAGACAAAGACCCAGAGGCAGAGAUGGAAAGCAGUCCACCAGUUGAGAAAAGCUCAACAAAGACGAGCAACUCCUUGGAGAGUCUUUGCAGCGGCCAGAGCUCCUCCAGUGGAAUCACUAGUGAGUCCAACAGUUCCGGUCAGAGGGACAGCCUGAAACUGGAGGAGGACGUAUCCUAUCAGGGUCAGUUCUGCGGCCGAGCCCGGGUCCACACCGAUUUUGUUCCCAGUCCUUAUGACACAGACUCCCUGAAACUGAAGGUUGGUGACAUCAUCCACAUCAUCAGCAAGCCUCCGAUGGGCAUCUGGACGGGCAUGCUCAACAACAAAGUGGGCAACUUUAAGUUUAUCUAUGUGGAUGUUUUGGCAGAGGAGAAGGAAAAAGAAGCAGAAGAGGAAACUCCAAAGAUCAGACAGCAGAAACUUUGCAAGAGGCCACGACCUAAAACGCUGCUGGAGUUACUGGAGAGGCUGAACCUAGAGGAGUAUGCCUCUGCCCUGUUGCUGAACGGCUACCAGACCGUGGAGGACUUGCUGCACCUGCAGGAGAAGCACCUGAUAGAGCUGAACGUCAAGGACCCUGAGCACAGGCAGAGGUUGCUUGCUGCCGCUGAGUGCCGCUACGUAGAAGGGGAUGAUAUGAACAACGGAGAGGAGCAGAAAUCAUCCCACGCCCAGCAGGAAGAAGACAGCGACUGUCCCAGAGACUCAGGCUGCUUCAUCCCAUCUGAGUGUUCGGACACUAAGGAAGAUCGAGAGCAGGUCGCAGACACAGGGGAUGCAUGAGGCGCUCGUCUUAUCAGAAGGAUAUGGAGACAUUUAGAAUUUAAAGUCACACAUUUUCUAAUGAUUCUGGUGAAAAUAAAUCCAGAAAUCCUCUCAAUAUGUAAUGUUUACACCCUCUGUUCUGAUCAGGAGCUUGUAUAAUGUGGAAGCGCUUUAAAAGAUGAAUGAAGGAGGACUAUGUAGCCAAUAUUCUAAAUCUCAUCUCAUCCUUGUGUUUUUUAAGAUGUUAAAGUUACAGUUUAUUAAUUUGAAGUCAGUUGUAUUUAUUACAUUCCAAAUGGUCCAAUGUGGGGUUUUUUUUUUUGUUGUUUUUUUUUUUGCAAUUGUUUAAAGCCUUUAUUUAUCACAGAUGCAUCACUUUUAUAUUUCCCAUCACAUCCAGCCUCAGCCUAGCCCGCAGCAUUCAGUUUUUCUUUGCUCUGAAUGUAGUGGUUCCAGUGAAGGUGUCUGGAUGAUGGCCUAUAUUAUAUACAGUACAUAUUAAGAAGUGUAUUAGUUGCUGAGCAUGAGUUUGAAUGAGAGAGUAUGUUUGUGUAUCCGUAAAAGAGUAUACCCUAUACGCUACUGAGGAGAUCUGUAUUUAUCUGUUUUCACAACCUUUUGUAAAUAAAUCAAUAAAACAUAGUAAAAUAUA